AUGUCGAAACGCAAAUCCAGUGUAACCGUCAUACCCACGGUUACUUCCUUACCCGAUCUCCAAGACCCUCUAGACGCACUACCCGCGUUGCAAUAUGGGCCCUUGGACCCAAACAGGAAAACCAUUAGACUUUUGGAAAUAGUGCCUGCACCAGAGUACGAACCAAUCCAAACAAAACUUUCAACAUGCGACCUGGAUGAGAAGCCCGCGUUCAUCGCACUGUCAUACACAUGGGACAAGGGCGGUCAAAGGAAGAACAUUGGAAUUGGAGGAUCAAAAUUCACAGUCGGAGAGAGCUUGUGGAAUUUCCUCAAACAGUACCGCAAGAAGGAGUAUCUGCGACAUUGCUCGGAAAAGGAUCCAAGCAAACCAAUGCCAUUGUGGAUUGAUGCCAUUGUCAUUGACCAGAGCAACAUGGCCGAACGUAACCACCAAGUUUCUCUCAUGCGCGAUAUAUACACUGGCGCCGAAUCCGUCAUUGUAUGGCUUGGCCUUGCUACGGGAACGGAAGAGCUAGCCUUUAUGCUCGCGCGGCAUCCACAUCUGCUGCGAGUCGAGGAAUUCCAUCAAGCCCUCGCAACUGUACUCGACAAACCGUACUGGGGCCGUGUAUGGGUAGUCCAGGAGUUUGUGCUCGCGCAACGCGUCGACAUAUGGUGUGGUGAUUUCAGCGUCGACGCCACAGUUGUGGAAAAUAUCUGGAAAGACGGAUUGUCGGCCAAGCCAAUUGUAUCUGCUGCCAGGAAAAUCUAUGCGAGUCGUGGGUACUUGUUGUUCAAGUAUCGGCGCGACUUUAAGCAUUCCAAGCAGUAUAAGAGAGACGUCAUGGGGCGUCGAAACAGCAGAACGUUGAAGGCUACAUUCCGGCUGCGCGACCUUUUACAAGCGUUUGCCUCAUCCCAGAGCACAGUCGAACAUGACCGUGUCUAUGGGUUCCUGGGUGUAGCAUCAAAGGGGCGCGGAGAAAAGAUUCUACCUGACUACAGUAAAUCAGCAGUGGAACUCCUCGUCGACGUCCUCCGCAACCAAUGCAACAGCGACCACCGCGGCGGCGACAAAGACGACUACAAAUUCCUCGCCUUCCUCACCCAAGCCCUCAAUGUCUCACCUGAGAAACUCGCCCAACACGUACUCCAACUCUGCCCCCAAGUCCAACCCCAUGCCUACGUCUUAACAGCCACACCCUGCAUGACAGCCUCGAUAUCCUUCAUCAGCACCAUAACCGAAGUGGGCGAUUUCGUCGACCACGACGAAGCCUUUCUCCCCAAAACCUGGAGCCCAGGCUGGACGCGCUCAAACAUGCACCCAAAAUCGCUCUCGAGUCAAGACAUCCUUGAUCUCGGGGAUCUGGUCACCAAAGACGGGACGGACAUCUUACUCAGCUUUGCGGACCCUUACGUGCCGUACGGGAACCCCGGGCCGUCGCAAAAGGUGCGCCAGUCCAUUAUCGAAGAGUCGACGGAUCUGAUCAUCACGGGCUUGAUACGCGCGACUGCGGAACGGGAUGCGCGGCCGUGGGGGGAGGCGGAGACGGGUGAUGGAAGUAUAGUUAUGCGCGACAUUAUCAAGCGGAGUAUGACGAAUGAUGCUUUAGACCUGUAUUUGGAAGCCAGAAGCCAUCGGCUGAGCCGACGGGAUACGGAUCAGCGGCACGAGCGGUACACGUCGUUUGUGGGCACGAAUGGCAUUAUUGGGCUCGCAUGUGGAGGUGGUCCUGGAUCGUAUGAAGUGCGGCCUGGAGAUCGCAUUUGCACUUUUUCGGGUGUUACCGAUGCGAACAAUGCAUUUAUACUGCGUCUAAGUGCGAGCGGCAAGUGGCUGAUUUCGGGGUUUGCGAUUAUACUUUUGCCUGAGCUGCGGACGCCGGCAGUGGGGCGCAGUAACAGUGAUGCUAUUCGGAAACAGUCGUUCUUAAGCGAGACGACACUGUGCUUUCACUGCCAUCUGAGCGACUUGCUUGAGUUGCAGCGGUGUCAGAUUUUGAGUCAGGUACAGAUGAAUCGCCUGCUGGAACAGACGCUGCAGGGGGGAAGGACGCAUUGUUGUGCACAAGGAAGUGGGGAGUAUGAUGUAUUGGAGUUUGAGCUGUAG